CAUACCCUCAAGGUCACAGUCACAUGCAAACCUGAUUAGCUUCCAUCAGUGAGCAGCCAUCCAUGGCCUCUGGUGUGCUCAGGGCGAGCCUCUGGUGCGUUCUCGCGACCCUGGCAUGUGCUGGAAAUGUCAAUCCACCAGCAUCGUCGAGCAAUUACAGUGCGCCAUCGGCACCCGCUGUUGGCAGCAACGUCGCGUGCAAGGACAAAGAUGGAAAGCGGCCGUCGUGCACAGGCACUUGCCCGGCCAGCUGCCCCCAGCAGUGUCUCGUUUUCUGCCCCGGCUGCCGGACAUUCUGCCGACCCGACCAAGUACGCCGAGCGAAGAAGCCGGUGCGGCCGGCUGCGAUCUUCAUAUUUGGUGACGGAAACCUGGAUAUCGGCAAUGGCAACGUUCUGGCUUCGGGCGACUACGACGUACCACAUGACGAGCAACAGACGUUAGAUUCUCAGUGGGUCAUGACGGAUGGAGAAAACAUAGCUCAAUUCAUCGCAAAGUUCAUGGGAUUCCAGGGGAGCCCCCCAGCUUAUCUGACGCUGCCCAGGCCUAUCCACGUUGGCAAGGGUUUCACCGGAAUCAACUAUGCCUGCACAGGCGCUGGGCUUCGGGACCUGGACCCUAAUUUGGAUGGGUGGUUGACGAUUCCGAUGUCAAAGCAGCUGCAGCAAUUCGCGGCAACAAGAGCCCAAAUGGAGGCAAAGCUAGGGGGUGCCCAGGCGGUGACGGCCCUCCUUGCUAAAUCCUUCUUCUUGAUCGAGGUCGGCGGUGUGGACCUCACGCAUUACUUACCUUACCCGUACACCCCAACAGAGGUCCGGGACCUCCUCGCCCUGUAUGGAGACAAAAUCAAAUCCCUGCACAGCAUGGGUGCAAGGAGAUUUGGGCUGAUAAACGUCGGGCUCAUUGGGAACUCCACAAGCGUAGGCGGCGGGUACGACGUCGCGGACAUGAACAAGCAUGCCACUGAGUUCAACGACGGACUCAAAACCCUCAUGGACGGCCUCGCCAAAACCCUGCCUGACCUUCGAUACUCCAUUGCCGACUUGUACACCUUCACCGAAACUGUCUUCGCCAAUCCAUCAAAUUACGGAUUUGAGGACACCCAGUCCCCGUGUAGCCAAUCCGGCGACAGUUCUCAACCGCACUGUGACAACCCCGCGCAGUACUGGUUCUGGGAUUACUAUGGUUAUAUUACGGAGCACGCGGCUAAUCUCGUUGCCACCGCCUUCUUCUACGGUCCACCCCAGUUUACCGCACCUGUCAUCUUCAGAGCACUACUUGAUGAAAAAUGAUGAAUUUCUCUCACCAACUAUUUAAUCGGAGUCAGACAAGUCGACGUACUGUUCCCCAUUGUAGCUUGCCACUCUGGUGUGCAAUUUCUUCAUGGGUAUGAAUAAUUAAUAUGGUCACUAUAGAAGAAAUAAUUUGGUCAGCCAUGUG